UAAAACUGUUAAAUUACGUUUUCGCUCUCUGGUUUCCGUGGUAACCGCCUGAGCCGGAAGUGUAAAAUGGCAGCGCCGCAAUGCUGGGCCGAAGCUUUGAAGUCUUCGAGAAAAACGCUGCUAAUAUCCGAUGGUAAGCGGAAGAUCCACUAUCUCUUUUCUGAUGGCAAAGAGAUGUCAGAAGAGUAUGACCUGAAGACAGAUGAGCUUAUUGUCCGGAGGUGGCGCCAUAGAAGCCCGCUGGGAGCUCAGAGCCCCUGGGAGGUGGAGGUUGGGGAGCCAUCGGUCAGCCGCCUUGGAUCUCAGGACUCGGAGUUCAUCAGAGAGAGCCGCUCCAAUCCUGUGUUCAUGAGAAAAGACACCAAGACCAAAUUUCAGUGGAUAAUCCAGAACCUGGCCUAUCAGAAAGAGCUUGUCAGUGUUUUUGUGGAACCGGCUGAGAGAUGCAUCGUCAUCAAGACAUCUAACAAAAAGUAUUAUAAAAAGUUCCAUAUUCCUGAUCUCGAUCGAUGUCAGCUGCCUCUAGACAGCGCCGCCCUCAGCUUCACACACGCCAACAACACAUUGACCAUCAGCUACAAGAAACCCAAAGAGAUCCUAAAAGGGGAGCAGGAGCUGCUGAAGGAGCUGAAGGGGCUGAGGGGGCUGACUUAGAGGGACCGCAAAAGCCAGUGAGCUCUGGCUGAGAGCGGGGGCUGCAUUCACAGCCUCAUUUCCUCCAGAGCUUUUGUUCACACGCCUGCAGAAACCACCUCAGGUUUUUCCCUGCUGCCGCUCUGGACAUUAACAGUAAAACUUGUUCCUAAAUGUAUGAGUUUCAGAACUUUUCUGGAAGUUUCUUCCCACAUUGUUACUUUUUCAAAAACAAAGCAUUUCAUGUCAAAGUA